CAAACCCAUCUCUCCCUCUCCCGCCUCUGCCACCGCGGAUUGUCAACAGAUCAUUUGCAAAGGAAACCUGAGAGCAACCCCCUCUUGAAAGGCAGCGGGGGAUUCCGGAGCCUUUGUGCUUUCCCUCGCCAGUGUUUAUGCUGAGCGUGGUCUGUCUCAGGAAGCUUCAGAAAUGGAGGACCCUAUUUGAAGAGGACCCAACCUGACCCAAUCUUACUUGUGCUUCUCCCCUAAAGACUCUGGCGUUGCUGCUGCUUCCUUGUCAGGAUGGCCGAAAGGGCUCCUCCAGGGAUAAACAAAAAAUCUUCAAGGUCUACCCAGUCCCUUCCACCAGAACCAGUGGAAAUAAUCCGGAGCAAAGCGUGUUCAAGGAGAGUCAAAAUCAACGUAGGGGGGCUCAACCAUGAAGUUCUAUGGAGGACUUUAGAUAGACUUCCACGAACACGCUUAGGGAAGCUUAGAGACUGCAACACAAAUGAAUGCUUACUAGAAGUAUGUGAUGACUAUAAUCUCAGUGAGAAUGAAUAUUUCUUUGAUAGACACCCGGGUGCUUUCACCUCCAUUUUGAAUUUCUACAGGACGGGGAAGCUACACAUGAUGGAGGAAAUGUGUGCCCUCUCUUUUGGCCAAGAGCUAGACUACUGGGGGAUUGAUGAGAUAUACUUAGAAUCUUGUUGCCAGGCAAGAUACCAUCAGAAGAAAGAGCAAAUGAAUGAAGAGCUAAGGAGAGAGGCAGAGACACUGAGAGAAAGAGAAGGGGAAGAGUUUGACAAUGCCUGCUGCCCAGAGAAAAGGAAAAAACUAUGGGACUUGCUGGAGAAACCUAACUCAUCAGUUGCUGCAAAGAUUUUGGCCAUUGUAUCUAUUUUGUUCAUUGUACUGUCCACCAUUGCUUUGUCACUCAACACUCUACCUGAGCUUCAAGUAAUUGAUGAAUUUGGACAACUAAAUGACAACCCCCAGCUAGCACAUGUAGAAGCUGUGUGUAUAGCUUGGUUCACUAUGGAGUACCUUUUGCGUUUCCUGUCAUCUCCAAACAAGUGGAAGUUCUUCAAAGGUCCAUUAAAUGUGAUUGACUUGCUGGCCAUUUUACCCUACUAUGUCACCAUUUUCCUCACAGAAUCCAACAAAAGUGUGCUGCAGUUCCAAAAUGUCCGCCGUGUUGUUCAGAUAUUCCGUAUUAUGAGGAUACUCAGGAUCCUUAAACUUGCCAGACACUCAACAGGCCUUCAGUCUUUAGGAUUCACACUCAGGAGGAGUUACAAUGAAUUGGGUUUAUUGAUAUUAUUUUUAGCAAUGGGUAUCAUGAUAUUUUCCAGUCUUGUAUUUUUUGCCGAGAAAGACGAAGAUGCUACAAAGUUUACUAGUAUCCCUGCAUCAUUUUGGUGGGCCACCAUCACUAUGACUACAGUAGGUUAUGGUGAUAUAUAUCCUAAGACUUUACUAGGUAAAAUUGUUGGAGGAUUGUGUUGCAUUGCCGGAGUGCUAGUAAUUGCUCUACCAAUUCCCAUCAUAGUAAACAAUUUCUCUGAGUUUUAUAAGGAGCAAAAACGGCAGGAGAAAGCCAUUAAACGAAGGGAGGCACUUGAGCGAGCAAAAAGAAAUGGAAGCAUUGUCUCAAUGAAUCUAAAAGAUGCCUUUGCCCGCAGCAUGGAACUGAUUGAUGUAGCUGUGGAUUCCGGUAAGACUGAGGAAGCAGCCAACUCCAAGGAAACCCCUGACGAUAACCACUUAUCUCCAAGCCGGUGGAAAUGGGCCAGAAGGACAAUGUCUGAAACAAGUUCUAAUAAGUCCUUGGAGAAUAAAUAUCAGGAAGUGAGCCAGCAAGAUACCAACGAAAAGCUCAACAAUAUUGUCACAGCCUCCAGCCCCCAACACUUGAGUGCUCAGAAACUCGAAAUGUUAUACAAUGAAAUUACUAAAACUCAGUCUCAGCCUAACCUCAAUGCCAACUACCAAGGCCCAUCAGCGAAACCUCCUUUAUAUGAGGAGGAAAUUGAAAUGGAAGAGGUUGUUGGGCAAGGAGAACCAUCCAUGUCAGGGCCCAGAGACAUAGUGACGGACAUGAGAAGCAUUUCCAGCAUUGAUAGCUUUGCCAGCUGUGCAACUGAUUUCACUGAGACAGAUCGGUCUCCCUUGCCCCCAUACUCUGGUUCUCACCUGCAGCUAAGGUUCCCACCUGACUCUGUCCAUUUGGAAGACCAAAGAGCAAAGAGUUCUCAGUUUUUAUCACACACCAAGGAUAAAAUGUUUGCCCCCAGAGACGUCACCUUUGAGUACUCCCCAGUCGAUACGGCCAUGAACAUGGAUAACGCUGGCUCCCAGUCUCUGCUUCAUGGCCCUUUGCACUUUGACAGCUCCAUGUUAAGUCCCAAAAGUUCUCUCAAAGGAAGCAAUCCAUUAAAAGCAAGGUCCCUUAAGGUUAAUUUUCAGGAAAACAGAGGUGGUGCUCCACAAACACCACCGAGCACUGCAAGGCCACUUCCAGUAACGACAGCGGCAGAUUUCAUGCAAUCCACCCCUCCUCAGCAUAUCAGCACCAUUCUCUUAGAAGAGAAUUCACCACACGGCGACAGGCCCUUGCUGGGUGCUGAUGCUUCCAUGGUUUGCCAGAGCAUUCCUAAGAAAUCGUCCCCUUCUCUGUUUCCAAAACAAAAGCUUUUUACUUUCCCUUCCAAAGAGAGGAGGAGCUUCACCGAAAUGGACACUGGAGAAGAAGACGACUUCAUGGAGAUUCCUGGCAUGACAAGACAUGACAAAGAGCAGGAUAUCAAGACAAACUGCUAUGGGGAAAAACACAAAGAUGGGAACCAUUUAACAGAAGAGCCUCGAGUCAGCUCUUCUUCCCCCAAAAUCUUGGGGCAAAACUGUACACAAGACAUUUACUGUGUCGGGGGGGAUGUAAAAGGAGACAAUAGCCAAGAAAGUCACAAAAUGGAAAACCACUUGUUUCCCCCAGAAAUCCAUACAAAUCCUGGAGAAACUGGCUACUGUCCCACACGGGAAACCAGCAUGUGACUAGUCAGGAGAGCAAUAAUGACAAAAACUGAUUUCUUAAAACCACAAUUAGUAAUGCCUAUGAACUAAAACAUGGGAAGCCUCAGAAGUAAAAAAAAAUAAAAAUGUUAUUUUUGCAUGGCAUGAAGAGUUGAUUAGUUUAAGUACUGUUUAAUUUAAAAGUGGAAAUUGCUUUUUUUGUAACAAAAAGGGAGAAAAAAAUCAGUUAAAAAAAUGAUGCAAGAACAGUGAGUAAAAUAAAGAGCUCUUUUAGGAGCCCAUAUUCUGCAAUGUCUGACAUUUUUGGUCCUUUCACUAAUGAUUGUAGAUAAGUUUUUUUUUAAAAAAAAUAUUUUAACUUUUUUGCUCUUGGUUAUAAUGAAUUUUGGGAAUUUGCACAUGAAAGGAUGAAAUGCCGAUGCAUGUGUUCAUAAUGGUGUGAAACAAGGUGCUUUGAGCCUGCAAAAUGCAUACAUUUGUAAAUAGUUUGGGUUUGUGGGGAGAUCUACAGUUAUCAAGGAUAUGUGGAAAAUACGUUUCCUGGGACACAGGUACUUCCUUCACAGUUUGCUGCCUGGAGGAUUUGUACAGACUUAUGUUGCAAAAUUGCAACUUCUUCUUAAAGCAUCUCACCUAUCUUGCUUUCUGUUUAAAAGCUCAUAAAGUAUAAGCUGUUUGUUUAAGUAAAUGACAGUGUUUUCUCAUCUAUCUGUGAAGUAAAUAAUAGCUCAAAUUAUUUUUAUUUGCAUAGAUUUCACAGAUAAAUUUGCAAGUUUUGAGUAGAAUUCUAUUUAGACUGUGCAAGAUUUAAUGACCAGAAAUUGAAAACUUGAUAUAAGAACUGCCAAAAUCAAAACAAAGACAAGGACACCGUUAUGUUACAUAAUAAAAUUAUUUCUAUGGCAAUGAAAUGUGCCAAAUGGCCAUGAAAAAUGAUUAUUUUAUAUUUAAAAGUUCAAAAGUUUGUAUUACAGUUACUAUUGCUGUAUGCACUAUUGUUAAUAUCUUAUUUUUUUUAAAAAUGAAGUUUUU